UAUAGAAGCAAAUUUUAUUGCUUUUGUUGGAUGGGGCUCAGUGGGCGUGGUACUAUUUUUCCUCUCCCAAACAAAAUGGCAGCCCUGAAACCAGCAAAAGCAGUCCCCAGCCCCACUGUGAAAGACUAUGAACCUGCUGAGAGAAGUGGUCAUUCUACAGUAAUAGUAGGAGACUGUCUUUAUAUGUGGGGUGGGAGGAGAGAUGACCAUCCUAAAGAACACAAUAUUGAGAUGGAGAAAAGAGAUUCAUCAUUUGUGGAGGUACUUCACCUUCUGACUGGUAGGUGGGAGCAGAAACCUACCACUGGUGAUCCUCCACUGGGUAGCAUUAACUAUGCAGCUGUUGCUAUUGGGAAUGAGAUAUUCUAUUAUGGAGGACUUUGUAGUCAUCGUCGCUAUGAUGAUAAUGUUCUGUACAGUUUAAAUGUUGAUACUCUCAAAUGGAGGAAAGUUGUACCUACUAAUCCUGAGGAUGGUCCUAAGAAGAAGGAUGAUUGUGGUAUGAUUGCUGUAAAGAUUGAGGGAGAAGAUUACCUUGUAAUAAUUGAAUCAGAACCUAUUAAUAUUCAUUAUUUUAGAAUUGCUACAAGUCAGUGGAUCUCACCUGAAGUUACUGGAGAUGUUAUUACUGGAAUUGAAUACUUUAAUUUGAUGUCAGUAGAUGAUACCAGUGCUAUUUUACUUCAAAAUGAUGAUAAUGAUAUAUCAAAUAAUUCUGUUUAUCGUCUUACCUUUACUAAAGGAUCAGUGGUUUGUGCAACGAUAUCUAAUGGUAGUAAAAAAGGUGGUACUUAUUCUAUGUUUUUGCCUCCUCGUCGUAGUGUAUUACUGAAUAGUCCUUCAGGACUAAAACUAUUGACUAUUGGUGGCAGACAAUGUGAGACAUUUGAUAUUAACAAAACUAAUUGGAAGGAGGUUGGUGUUCCUGAAUCAGUCAAAAAUAGAAAGUAUCAGUCUCUAUCAGUUUGGAAUGAAGAUACAACCAAUACUUGGAUAAUAGAGUUUGGAGGAGAAGGGAAGUUGAAAUCACUCAGUGAUCAUACAACAUUCCUUAAUAUCAGAUACACGUAGGAGUGAUAUUUCU